AUGUCACUAACAAAUUUAGCAAAUGUACAGAAUACCUUUCAAAUUGGUCAGAGUUUAGAAAUAUCGGCGAUUGUAUCUCAAAUCCAUGUUAUCGUGAAAGAUUCGCCCCGUAUUUGUCAAACAGAGUAUGUACCAAUGAGUGGCUCAAAAUUUGAAGUAAUGCAAUAUCUAGAUUUUCUUAUUACUAGUAGCACUACAAUUACCGAAAACUCACAGAAAAUUACCACAAACGAGGCCAACGUAGCAAAUUUUCCUUAUAUAACCGACGAUAUUGUGAUGCCAUUUAAUACCAUGAAGCUUAGCGGGUGA